AUGGGAGAAGCAACGGGCUUGUGUGUGACCAACAUUCCCGCAUGUCUGACCAGCGGGUCUCACGCGGAUGCUGCUGCUACUGCCUCUGACCCACACCAGAACCCGCCUCUGACCGGUUCCACCCCGACCGCCACCACUGCCGCUUCCACCACUCCCAUUGAAGCCACCACUGCCGCCGCCACCACUCCCACUGCCGCAACCACCGCCGCCACUAACGCCUCCACUCCCACCACCACUCCCUCCGCCACCACCGCCACCUCCGCUGCCUCCACCCGCCUCCACUGCUACCAUCCCCCACCACCCUUGCCUCCCUUGCCCCUACCGCCGCGGUGCCUCCCACUAGGAGCAGACGCAGCCCCGACCUCCUCAGCAUGA